CAAUAGCAGAGAUAAAUUUAAAUCAUCAAAAAUUGCUCAAUUAUUGCAAAAGAAGACAACAAAGUAGGAAAAAAGGACAAAUAGCAAAUACAGCCUAUGUUUGAACAUCAACUGGCACAACUUCAAUCUAGUUAAAAACCAACUGAGGUCAUUUGCUUCAGGCAGGAGCAAAAAAUUAAAUAUUAAGAAAAAUUGAUUUAUUAUAACAUCUUCCCUAUAGCUUUGAAAGACAAGCAGGUGAGAGAAGAACAGAACAACUGAAGACACAGUCUCACAAAACUUCCAACUUUAUAUCAGGAUGCAUAGGGCAGGAGAAAGAGGUCUCGCCCUGGGAAUUGUAGAUGUCUGGAUGUUAUCUUUGUCUGUUGUAUCAGCCAUGGCUGAAGUCAACUCUCCAGAAACUUCAAAGCCCUGUGAUUCUCGAGGAUUACCAGGAGUACCAGGGCCCCCAGGUUUCGCAGGGGUACCUGGCCCAACAGGACCUCCAGGCUAUUCAGGACCACCAGGGGCACCUGGGACUCCAGGAGACAUUGAGCAGUGUUCUUCCUUACCCCAAACAGCCUUUGCAGUGAAGCUGAGUGAUCCCCUUCCAGCCCCUUCCCAGCCCAUUGUCUUCAAGGAAGUGCUGCACAACCAUCAGGACCGCUUCAGUCUUACCUCAGGGGUGUUCACCUGCAUCAACCCUGGUGUAUACCACUUUGGCUUUGACAUUGAGUUGUUCCAGCAUGCUUUAAAGUUAGGGCUCAUGAAGAAUGGCAUCCAAGUCCUUGAGAAGGAAGCUGAGGCCAAAGGCAUGUAUAGGCAUGUUUCUGGAACUGUCAUCUUACAGCUGAUGGUGGGAGACAGGGUCUGGCUAGAAUCCAAGCUAGACACAAAAGAGAAUGAAAAAGGAUUGAUUCAAACUAUAUUCUUUGGGUAUUUGCUCUAUGGAAAUUAUAUUGACUAUGAUUAACAAACAACUUAAAUCCCUCAAGUGGGCAUAAAUUUGACAGCAAGCCUCCUUUCCCCAGCAUAAUUUUCCCUGAUCAUUGAAUGAAUAACCUUAAGAAUAGCCCAAUUUACUAAUAUGAAUGUAACUCUAAAAGCAGUAAAGAUUAAUAAUUCAUUAAUUGAUCAAUGAUUUCUUAUUAAAAGCCCAUAAAAUUUCCUACAUUCUUCUAUAUCCUAGGAACUUCAGGGAGAGGGUAUGCCAGGAAAUCAGAUCUGAUUGGAAGCCCCAUACCACUUGAAGCUGAAGGAACUAGGAACGUUGUCAUUCUUUUUCUUGAUUACAUCUUAAAAUUUUUCUUCAGAGUAAAAAAGUCUUGAUAAUAACUUCCAAUACCACUUCAAUUUCACAACUUAUAACACUGUUAGGAAAGCAAAUAUCCUCGAGAAGUGUAGAAAAUUUGCUUAAAGUCACACUAAGUUGUGAAUACAUACCACCAAAUGUAUAUUUUGCAUUUGAUGUAUAGUGCAUAUUUUGACCACUGUUUGAGUAAGGGGUCUGUUUUGGAGGAACAAUUUCUAUUGCUUAAUCCUCAUCAGACCCUGCUAGUUUCCUCCCCAGUAUCUAUUAGCCCCACUCCAUGUUUCAAUUUAUUUCAAACAGAGCACAAACCUUGAAUGGUCAGUGGACCCAGAUAAGACACACUAUCUUUAGUCUUUCUGCAGAGCAUGGGGGACAUGUGACACUGUUUGGAGAAUGAAAGGUAAUGGGGGGGGGGUUCCAGUUCAGUCCUUAAAAGGCAAAUCCUCAGAAGACUGACUGAUCUUUUUGGAUUUUUAUGCUUUGCUCGUCCUUCGCCAUUCUCCUCAAUCCCUGCCCCAACCCUCUGGAAGAAGCCUGGGUUGGAAACAGCCAUUUUGCAAACAUGAGAACCAAGGACAGGUAGCACUAAGCAGGCUGAGGGAGAAGGAUAGAAGCAGACCAGCUCUUAAUAACUUCCUUGCACAGCUACUUCAGCCCUAGAAUGUUCACCUCUGUAUCUGAGAACAAUCAUCACUGAUAUUACAAAGCUACUGCAACCUGGUUUCUGUUACUUGCAGCCAAAUGCAACCCUGAUAUACCUGAUUUUGUUUUCUUCCUUAGACUUCUUCUUUCUUAAAGACUUUACCUACCUUCUAAUCCCCUUUAUAUUUCCUCUGUUCUCCUUCCAUCUAUCAAACAUCUACAAUGAGCUAAGAAACAAUUCUUAACCUUGACAGUCCUAAUCUAGUUCAUACUCACAUGUGAGAGAUGGUCUUAGCUCAGUAAUGUGUUACCAAAGGAAUUCAGAAAUGAGUGAUACAUCCAGAGGCUUCCUCAGGGUUGAUGUUUUAAAGUAUUGUGAACCAAGCUUAUGGCUGCAUCCUCUUCCAACACUUCAUUUAUUUCCAUCGUUAUCUUUCCCCAUGAACAGCAUCCUCCUCCACUGAUUUUGCUAUCCAUCUCCCUCCAUACCACCUCCUUAAUGCAAUCUAUCACCAAAACCAAUGAAUUUUGCUCCCUGAAUGUCUAGAAAAUCAAUUCACAUUUCUACAUUCCUACAAGCAAUAUCAUCAUCUUCAUCUAUCAUGUGUGCCAACUCGUGGGCCAAGUCUCCACUCUGUGCCUCUUCUGGUUAGAUUACUCCCACCCCAGGAGCCAAUGCUCAUUGUACUAAAGAAAUUUUAAUCAUGUAAAUGCCUGAUUAAAAUUAUUUCAUAGUGUCAUUUUUUUCUUAGGAAAAAAUUAAUUAUUAACAUGAUUUACUGUACAUUUCUCCAUCUUCUCAUACCAUUCCCUUCCUUAUUGCUGGGUUCCAGCUACAUUGAAGCUUUAGUCUCUUAAAUAUUCUAUGGUCCCUACUGCCAUAAGCCCUUUGUGGUUGUUCAUUUUUCUGCCUCUGCCUAGAACACUUCUCUCUACAUACCUUACAUGUUUUAUGCCUAUUCAGAAUCAGAAAUACCUUUUUAACAAAGGAAUAACUGGGCAAGAGCUCCUUCUAUGCAUUCUUAAAUCAUGAUCUUCUUACCUAUUUAUAGAAAUGCCCAUAACUUUUAUUUUUACAUUUUUAUAAUUCUUAGAUUAAUGUCUGCUAAGCUGUAAGUUUUGUGAUAGGAAGAGCUGUAUCCUUUGCUUUGGUUUUGAUUAUAACUCUGAAAUCCUGUGUUGGUCUACCACAUUCUAGGUGCUCAAUAUUUUUUCAAACAAUGAAAGUAGAGAAGUACUUAGCACAGUCACCAGCUCAUUGAAAAUUUAGGCUACUAAAAUUACAUAUAUUAUUUUGUUGUUGUUACUGGAAGUUGACUUUGUUCCCAUCAGAGCUUGUAGUAUUAAAUUAGUCAGUACUUGCUCAAACCAUUCAUUCAUUUAUUUAGUAAACAUAUUUAUGGUAUGAGAUGGGGAACACUAAGAGGAAAUUAACCUGUACAUAUUGAACACUUACUCUGCUCCAGGCAUUCCACUUUCAAUAAAUAGAUUCACUUA